AUGGUUAUUGUUAGUCCAGGUUUGAUGUCCAAUGACAAGGUUUUGCAGAACGGAGAUCGCUUUAUUCCCACAUCAUCAUCUAUGCUGGCGUACAAGGUGUUGUCAGGAGAAGAUUCAAACAGCUUGACAAACCAGUCAAAAAGUAGUGAGGUUAGUUUUUCUAUUCGUGAGGACUCCUUUGUGUCUGGAGUCAUACACUCACCUACAAACUUGUCACCGUCCCCUAGGUCAAUCACCAGCUCAAGCUCGACAGGCAGUUCCAGCCACCCAAGAACAGUCUUGAAGCCCAAUGAUCUUCACCAAGAGGUGGUUGCAGAAGCAUUAAACCUCAACUACUGCUCAAAAGUGCUCAAGUUCAACAAUAUCUACACGCACCAGCCACCAAAAAAUCCCGGCCUGUACAUGUCAAACCCCAUCGAGAAAAUCAUCAACAAAUCAACAACUAAGAAACCAAAGUUAAAAGUGAAGUCGGUUAUGGCUUCCGAUAUACUACAGGCACCCGGAUUGAGAAAUGACUAUUACUCAAAUUUAAUUAGUUGGUCACCAAAGACAAAUAGAGUCAUAGUUGGAUUGGCUUCGAGAAUGUACUUGUGGGGAGCUGAUAGUCAAGUUGUUCAAAUAAACUAUGAAAACGAUGAUUUAAUCACAGCAGUCAGCUGCUCCCAGGAAUAUUGGAUUUUGGUGGCGACAGCUAAUGGAAAGAUUUUAUUAAUCGAUCAAGGCAACGAAGUUAAUAGUGUUGUUGGUGAAUUCAAUGUUCCUGAAAACAAGUGCAUUUUCUGUUUCACUUGGUUUAACGAUUCCAAACAUUUUCUAGCAGGUAAUGAUAGUGGAGAAGUACACGUUAUGCGAAUUAAGACAUUAGCCAAUUUAGAGCUAGAGAUAAUCAAGACUUUUCGAGCCCAUCAACAGCAAAUUUGUGCAUUAAAUGCAACUAAUGACGAGGUUGCCGUGGGUGCAAAUGACAACUGCUGUUCGCUUUGGAGUUUACCCGAUUACCAUUCACCUCAAUUGAAAUUUGUUUUACCACACAAGGCCGCUAUCAAAGCGUUGAGCUUUUGUCCAUGGACCGGGUCCUUACUAGCAACCGGGGGAGGUAGUAAGGAUCGUAAAAUCCGUUUUUGGCACACUACAAGCGGAACAUUGUUGAAGGAAUUUUACACCGAUGGCCAAAUUACGUCAUUGAUUUGGUCAAAAUACAAAAAGGAGAUCGUGGCAACAUUUGGAUUCGGAGGGUCAACAAAAUCGAAUCUCAUGCGAGUUUAUUCGUAUCCGGAAAUGACCCCACUGUUGGAAGUGAAUGCUACUAGUAAUUUGCGUAUUCUCAGUGCUACAACUAGUCCCGACUUUUGCUCCGUUUGUGUGGCUACCAACGACUCUACAAUUAGGAUUUAUCACUUGUGGGAUAGAGCAGUGGAGAUUUCACCAACAUCAAGCUCAAGAAUCACUGGGGCUUACGGAAGCGACAUCAUUGAGCUUGCAGAGGGUGUUAUUAGAACUGAGUUGGAAUUCUUGCGUGAUUCGGAAGUCAUCACUGAUGCCCUCUACACCAAAUUGGUUGAGGCUUUGCCCCAAAAGUAUAAAAAGAAUGAAAAGCCUUGGGAUGUGGAUGCUUUACUGACAGGUUCAGUAUCUAAAGAGAAGUAUUCCGCUCCACCAUCAGAACCACCUGCACCAGCAUAUGAAGCAAAAUCAAGCAAGUUGGCUGAGGAGUUUGCAAACACUCAUAUUUCACCACCAGAUCACCCACCAGCCCCCCACCGUUCUACACCCAAGCCUGUUGGAUACUGCACUGCCCUGUUUGAUUACGCUGCACAAGAACCAGAUGAUUUGAACUUAAGCAAAGGAGACAAAUUGGCCGUAGUUGAACACUUAUCUGAGGAUUGGUGGAAAGGGUACAAAGCGGGGUCUGAUCCCGAAAAGGCAGGAGUUUUCCCAUCAAACUACGUAACUGUUAUCUCAGAAGCGGAAUUCACAUCAUCAGAGAACAGAUUGGCAGCAUCACGCCCCUUACCAUCGCAUCAGAACUCUCAGUCUUCUUAUGGUCCUCCAGCUUACUAUCAACCACCAUUACUGAAUCAACCUUCGUACGGAGGAUAUGCACAAUACCCACCACCCUCAACAGGAUACUACCCUCCUCCUCAACAAUACCAGCAAACACCACCUCCACCACAGCAAGUCGUUGUGGCCCCUGAACAACAGCAACAACAAUCAAGUGGACACGGACAUCUCAAAAAGUAUGGAAGUCGUUUCGGAGAGGCUGCAUUGUUUGGUGCCGGUGCAUCAGUUGGUGCAAAUAUCGUCAACUCUAUCCUUUAG